UAUCUUUGUAGAGAAUCCCAUAUAUUAUACUCUAAACAGUGAUCGCUGCGCAGCUGGUCCGGUCUCCAGGCUGUUGUUCUUUAUCCUUCAAGCGAUGAAGGCUUGGUUUUUUAACAAGAUUUAUUAGGGUUUUUAGUGAUCUCACUAGAGAGAGUUGUAUCUCUGUCAUAUUGUCUGAGGCAAUUGGGUUAGAGAGAGAGGCCUAGCUGUGUUAUAAGGCUGUGCGGUGAUUGGGGUUGUGAGAAGUAGGGCUUUGCAUUAAUGGCGGAAAACGAGUCAAACAAGGACGAACUUGCAGAGUCUGUGAACGAGCUCUUUGUGAAUGUCUCCACCAUGAUAAAAGGCGAGCUUCAGGGAACAAAUAACCUGCUAGAGCUUCUAGAGAAGAUGAACCUCAGAGUAGCAGAGGAAUACAACAGUUAUGGUGAUAUAGCUUCAGGCCUGAGGGUUUUUGUGGAGCAAUUGAAGGCCAAAAAUGAUAACUUCGAUGAAUAUGUGCAACAAAUAGAUGCAAUAGACCGGCAAGUGACUGAAUUUGAAGCUCUUGUUUCUAUGCUCGAUAAGUAUGUUUGCAUGUUAGAGUCCAAAGUCCAGUCUGCUUAUCGCAAUUUACCUCCUUGAUUAUCAUUGUUGUCUUAUUUGAGGAUAGUCCGUGUGUUAGUUUAUGCUGUGCAGAUGAGUUUCUUUUGGUUGAUUGUUUUAUCUGCCUCCUACUAAUUUUCAGCUAAUUUCAAGUCAAAAAAAAUAUUCUUGCCCCUUUCUGUCA